AUUUCAGGUGGUCGAUUUCUCUAUGCAAACGAAUAUCCAACAUCUGAAGAAACCCAAAAACGGCUAGUUCGCGAGCCUCCGUUGAUAAAAAGAGGAUUGGAUCCGUUCUCGAUUCCUUCGGUGAUCAAGGAGCCCCCAUUGAAAAGGGGAGACAAGCGUGAUUCCUACGUGUACCCAUCCACGAAUUCGCAACUCUCCGACAGGAUUCCUCUCAGAGAACCGCCAUUGAAACGAGGCGAAUCCCUCAACGAUGCGGUCUACGUUCUUGUACCUGAACGUGAGGAGAACGACUACGAUGGUAACCUUGCCGGUUCCAAUGGGCUCACAGACAUCCAGUUGCCAUACGAUCACGCCUGGCGGCUACUGCAGGACCGAUCAACGAAAGGUGUUUCCAGUUCUGAAUCUGCACCACGCUCACAACUUCGGGCCCAGAGACUUCUUCCCCGGAUAUGGCAUUAG